UUCAAGUGGCCGAACACGUUCAAUCCCACUCUCUCCCCCUGAUAAAGCAAGUACAAAGCGGGUUUUGCGCUUAGUAGCUGCUUCCCUAUUUUCUCGGAUUAGUGGGAAAUAUUGGCUAUGGCUGCACCGCUGAAAGUUUGUAUCGUCGGGUCAGGAAACUGGGGUUCUGCAAUUGCAAGGAUCAUUGGCAGCAAUGUACAGAAAAUCCAGCGCUUCGCCACCACGGUCAAGAUGUGGGUGUAUGAGGAGAAUGUAAACGGUAGGAAGCUAACUGACAUCAUCAACACAGACCACGAAAACGUCAAAUACCUCCCAGGGUACAAACUUCCAGAAAAUGUGGUUGCAGUGCCUCAGCUGCGAGAUGCCGCUGAAGGAGCAGACUUAUUGGUCUUUGUGGUGCCACAUCAGUUUAUCCGAAAGCUUUGUGAUGAGUUGGCAGGCUGUGUUUCUCAGAAGGCCCGUGGAAUUACUCUGAUUAAGGGCAUUGAUGAAGGACCUGAGGGACUGAAACUGAUCUCUGACAUCAUCAGAGAAAAGAUGGGCAUUGAUGUCAGUGUUCUAAUGGGGGCCAAUAUUGCUAAUGAGGUGGCAGCUGAGAAGUUCUGUGAAACUACUAUUGGGAGCAAGAUCUUGGAGAAUGGACUACUUUUCAAAGAACUUCUGCAGACACCCAACUUCCGCAUCACUGUUGUGGAUGAUGCUGACACAGUGGAGCUGUGUGGAGCCCUGAAAAACAUAGUGGCAGUGGGUGCUGGCUUCUGUGAUGGCCUGCAGUGUGGAGACAAUACCAAGGCAGCUGUAAUCAGGCUGGGACUGAUGGAGAUGAUUGCAUUCGCGAAACUCUUCAGUAAAGACGAUUCAGUGUCCUCUGCCACCUUCCUGGAAAGCUGUGGAGUAGCCGAUCUCAUCACCACUUGCUACGGUGGACGCAACCGUCGUGUGGCAGAGGCCUUCGUCAAGACUGGCAAGAGCAUAGAAGAACUAGAGAAAGAGAUGCUGAAUGGCCAAAAGCUUCAAGGACCCCUGACCUCUGCUGAAGUUUACCAUAUUCUCAAACAGAAGGGCCUUGUUGAAAAGUUCCCCUUGUUCACAGCAGUGUAUCAGAUCUGCUUUGAGGGAAAACCAGUUCAGGACAUGAUCCGUUGCCUGCAGAGUCAUCCAGAACACCUCUGAGAGGCUCACAGAGAUCUGCAGUCAUGGUGGCUUCACCCCACCUUGACCACAAGCACCUCUGCCUUCUCUCCUAUGAGUAGCCUUGUCUCUCUCUCUCUCUUCCUCAUCGUUACAUACUCCAUAUUGAGACCCUUACUCCGGCCUUUAGAUUUCCUUUGGCCCAACACUACCCCUGCACAGGGGUUGUUCUCAGGGUUAAGUGGCGAAAUAUUAGUUGUUAGUUGUGUUAACAUUGACACUGAAGUUCACAAAGUACAUGAAUAAUUUAGAGAUAUCUUCUAGAUGGAGCAUGAAGCCAUACAUGAUAUCUACUUCUGUUUUUUUUUGUUUUGUUUUAAUACUCUUACUCUUUUGACUGCCCUCUUGUGGAGGGUUUAUAAUAACUACUGUAUGAAAGAUGGGAAUAACUUAACCUUAAAUGCCUCUUUUUUUAAUCACCAAUAACAAGGCUAAUGUCAUAUUUUUUUUCCUUCACCAACUUGCAAAUUAAAGCUGCCUAAUGCAGUCUUUGUCCAGCAGGUAGUGAUAAUGAGCAGUUGCGAGUCGGAUCCAGUGACUGUCACGUUUUCCUAGGUUCUGCUGAAGGCAGGGCAAGUGUGCUGCUGACACGCUCACUGGUGAAGACAUUUUACACAGAAAUAUGCAACUUUUGGGGACCAUUUUGUUUUUCAGCACAUACUCUUUUCCCUUUCUGGUCAAAGACUUUAUUAGACAAGUUUAAUACAGACACUCAUAUCACUCUACUCUGACAUCCCUGUGGAACCAGCAGUAUAAGAAUUAGACAUUAGACAUUUUUAACCUUUUUAAUAUUUUUAACUUUUUGAAGAGCCUCAACUACUUUUACAUGUUAUUAUAUUAAAGGGGCAUUUAUAUUUUCUUUUAAUCAUACUAUUUUUACCACUUUUUUCAGUGUUAGACACUGCCAUGUACACUACCUUUCUUCAGUUACUCUAGCAAAGGUUGAGAGAGACACAUAAGGUAAAAGGGGUCAAAGUAGCUUACAAAAGAAAUUAGUCCAACAAGAUAAACAUUUUAAGAUGCUUUUAAAGCUCUUUUAAACACUCUCCAAAAAGAAUGGUCUUGUUGGGGGGAAAAAGAAAUAGCUUUGCUGAUUUUUGUCAUUAGUUGGUCGUCACUAGCUUGUCAGUAUGUGGUUUCCUCUGUUGCUCAGAAAGGGGUUAAUGUUUGGUCAGUUUUGCGUUCUGCACAUUAUUUUAGGAAGCAAGGGAAUAUAGCUGUGGUUAAAUACACAAUAUCCGUCUUGAAUUAUGCUUCUCUGUGAGAAAUAGUCAUUUAAUUGAUCUAAGAAUAUUUGAGCUGGUUGCAAGACUUGAACAAUUAAACACCGUGUCAUAGUUCUAGUACUUGAUUGGCUACAGACAAUGAAGGAUAGGUUUCUUUAUAACAAGAAAGGGUCAUUUUCACCUGAUUAUGUUACUUUAACAACUUACAAAUGAAGGGUUUCAUUCCAGAAUGCAUUGUCACUUUUUCAUGAUUUGCAUUGUUGGAAGUGAGCUUUAGGCAUAUAGGAAAUAUGAAUGCUGUAUUAUGAUGAAUACCUCCUUUAUUAGAGAAAAAGUUAUGUCAGCUGUUACUCUUUUCAGACCUCUUCUUUAUAAAUAGAUAUACAGCAUUUUGGAAUAAAACUCUUCAAAUUGUCUGCACUUUGGCUUGAUUUCAGUGUUAUUUAUAACUAGUGACAUAAACCUAAUUUGAAACUUUUUCCCCUUCAGGUUCAUUUAGCUCUGUAGCCCCCCCUCCCCCCCCCUCCCCCCCUCGUCUGUAUUAUUUUCAUACAGAUUUGUCUUCAGUCUACUGUGAAGCAAAAUUUGUUUUCUGUCUUUUGAAUGCUCACAAAUAUUUCAACACAUGUAAUAGCAUAGUCAGAGCCAGUUAGAUGUGCCUGUGCUAUGUUUCCUAUGCUCUGACUUCUCCACACCUUACUGUUCUAAUAGUUGUGUUUCCAGCUAGUUAAUCUAAAAGUAUUACACUUCAGUCUCUCCCUGUACUGACUUGGUCCAUGUAGCAGAGGUGCUGACUGACAUACUGUACAGGUUGCUUAGCAUUGCUUUUUAUGUAGCUUCUAAAUCAAAUCAUCUUGUAUUGUCAUCUCUGUGAAAGUCGGGUUUUCUGUCCAGGUAAUGUGAUGUCAUAUGUUUAUGAAGAUGAAAAGUGGAGAGUGUUGUUGGGAGAGUAAACAUUCAUGUUUAACAUAA